AGGGCAAACAUGUGAGCAGAUAAUGCAAGUAGCACCAAAAUGAACAUGACACCUACUGUUUUCAAAUUAAGGCUUCUUCUGUGUAUCUCAAACAUUGUUGUUCCUUUGAAUGCACUUCAUCACCAUUUACCUAAACCCCCCAUGCCCCCCAUCUCACUGAUUCUGACCACUACACUUCACCUUCCAAAUUCUUUAUUUUUUCUUCUGAUAAUUCAGUUAGCAUUAUUGUUUUUGGUAGUUGUAGUACUAUAUUUUCAUGCACACACUCACAUUUCUUCCUAUCUCCAAUUUCUAUACUAUGGUUGAGACUCUAACGCCGUCGUCUUCAUCCCGGUGGACUCAAUUCCACCACCCACGUCAAUGGAUCCCACCACUAUUCACCAACCACAAAACCCUUUUGACUGCUCUCUGGAUCGCCUUCAUAUUUUCUCUUCUAAUGUGGCAAAGGGAUGCUACUACCGGAAUCUUGUUUUUCCGGCGAGAUUUUCCGGUGAGGCAGAUGCCGAAGCUACGGACGGCGGCUUUUAACUUGACGGACUUUGGUGGGGUUGGUGACGGCGUCACAUUGAAUACGGCGGCUUUUGAGAGGGCAGUAUUGGCUAUUUCCAAGCUUGGUAAGAAAGGUGGUGGACAGCUCAAUGUGCCACCUGGAUAUUGGUUAACGGCGCCGUUUAAUCUUACCAGUCAUAUGACUCUCUUCCUUGCUGAGGGUGCUGUAAUAUUGGGUAUUGAUGAUGAGAAGUACUGGCCUCUCAUGCCUCCCUUGCCUUCAUAUGGAUAUGGGAGAGAACAUAUUGGACCACGCUACGGAAGUUUAAUCCAUGGACAGAAUCUCAGAGAUGUUGUAAUCACAGGGCAUAAUGGUACCAUUAAUGGGCAGGGUCAAGCAUGGUGGAAGAAGUACAAGCAGAGGCUUCUUAACAAUACCAGAGGGCCGCUUGUCCAGAUAAUGUGGUCUAGUGACAUAGUGAUAUCUAAUAUAACAUUGCGUGAUUCUCCGUUUUGGACGCUGCAUCCAUAUGACUGCAAAAAUGUAACAAUCAAGAAUGUCACAAUUCUGGCACCCAUCUUCGACGCUCCAAAUACUGAUGGCAUAGAUCCAGAUUCAUGUGAAGAUAUGUUGAUCGAGAACUGUUACAUCAGUGUUGGUGAUGAUGGCAUUGCAAUAAAGAGCGGUUGGGAUCAGUAUGGGAUUUCUUAUGGACGGCCUUCAACAAAUAUAGUCAUCCGCAAUCUUGUAGUUCGUUCGAUGGUCAGUGCGGGCAUAUCGAUAGGAAGUGAGAUGUCUGGUGGGGUGUCAAAUGUCACCGUGGAAAAUGUACAUGUCUGGAACUCAAGGCGUGCUGUUCGCAUCAAAACAGCAGCUGGCAGAGGAGGAUAUGUACGACACAUAGCAUACAGGAACUUGACAUUUGCAAACAUUAGGGUGGGGAUCGUCAUCAAGACAGAUUACAAUGAACAUCCUGAUGGGGGGUUUGAUCCCAAAGCCGUACCAGUACUAGAGGACAUAAGCUAUGUGUCAAUACACGGAGAGGGAGUUCGUGUGCCCGUUCGUAUCCAUGGAAAUUCUGAAAUUCUAGUGAAAAAUGUAACUUUCAGAGAUAUGUCAGUUGGGAUAACAUACAAGAAGAAACACAUAUUUCAGUGCUCUCACGUUCAAGGUCGUGUUAUUGGUACUGUCUUUCCCGCCCCCUGUGAGAACCUUGACCUAUAUGACGAGCAAGGACAUCUGAUCCGAAGUUCUGGCUCUCAGAAUGCAUCGGACAUAGAUUAUGACUUUUGAAAUGGUUUCAAAUUUCCACAUUUUCGAGUGCCAAUUUUCCCAGUGGCCAGCCUCUGAUUUUUCUGUCUAUAUUGAAUAGUUACUGAAUGGAGGAGGGGAGAUGCUUACAAUGUUCUAUGUUCAGUCAAUUACUCUUUGCCCAGUCAGUCAUUUUCUAGUUUUUCUUUUCCUAUACCUGUAAUAUUCCUUUUUCCCUUACAUUGUACAUAGAACAAUGAAGUUAGCUUAUGUAUUCAAACUUUCCAACAGCUAUUCCAGUUGUAUGAAAGCAGCUUGAGGUUUCCACUCAAACUGUUUCAACUUUUUAUGGGACAAUGAUUCGUGUCA